AAGAGGGCAUUGAGAAUUGGAAAGUGGCCGCUCUCCUUGCUUCCUCUCUCUGACUCCCCAUCAAACAAACACUCUCUUAGUCUCUGCUUCCCGUUUCUGUCUCUCUCUCACCCCCUUUCAUGGUAGCUUAAGGGUGUGUUUGGAUACAUUUCAUAAACAGGAGAACAAAGAAAAAAAAAAUGGAAGGAGGGAUACACCCUGCGGAAACGUCGGCUUUCAGGGACUGCUUCUCUCUAGCUUGGAAGAACCCGUAUGUUCUUCGUCUCGCUUUCUCCGCCGGCAUCGGUGGCCUUCUCUUUGGAUAUGAUACUGGAGUGAUAUCGGGAGCGCUUCUCUAUAUCAAAGAGGACUUCGAUUCUGUGGAUAAGCAGACUGUGUUGCAGGAAAGCAUAGUGAGCAUGGCGGUGGCCGGAGCAAUUAUAGGAGCUGCAAUAGGUGGAUGGAUGAACGACCGGUAUGGAAGGAAAACUGCAAUUCUAAUUGCAGACUUCCUCUUCUUCAUUGGAGCUGUGAUCAUGGCUUCAGCUCAAAACCCAGCUACGCUCAUCGUUGGACGAGUAUUUGUUGGACUGGGUGUUGGAAUGGCUUCCAUGACGUCCCCACUGUAUAUCUCAGAAGCUUCUCCAGCAAAAAUUCGAGGUGCCCUGGUCAGUACCAAUGGUUUUCUCAUCACUGGAGGCCAGUUUCUGGCUUACCUUAUCAACUUGGCCUUUACCAAGGCACCAGGGACAUGGAGAUGGAUGCUUGGAGUUGCUGGAGUCCCUGCUUUGGUGCAGUUCAUAUUGAUGAUCCUUCUUCCAGAGUCCCCUCGUUGGCUUUUCCGCAAGGGGAGAGAAGAAGAGGCCAAAGCCAUACUAAGGAAAAUAUACCCAGCCCACGAGGUUGAAACAGAGAUCCAAGAUCUAAAGGAGUCGGUUGAAAAAGAGAUUGACGAAGAGGGAUCUUCUGAGAAGAUUAACUUCAUCAAACUAUGGAGAACCAAAACAGUUAGGAGGGGACUCAUUGCAGGGGUGGGGCUUCAAGUCUUCCAGCAGUUUGUGGGCAUAAACACAGUUAUGUACUACAGCCCCACCAUUGUCCAGUUUGCUGGUUUUGCAUCAAACCGAACUGCACUCCUUCUCUCGCUCGUAACUGCUGGACUCAAUGCCUUGGGCACCAUUGUUAGCAUAUAUUUCAUUGACAGGACUGGAAGGAAGAAGCUUUUGGUCAUCAGUCUGAUUGGUGUUAUAAUCUCACUUGGGCUUCUAUCAGCAAUCUUCCAUGAGACAACAUCACACUCGCCAGAUGUUAGCCCGCUAGCAACAUCACGCUUCGCAAAUUACACCUGCCCGGAUUACAGUUCAGCCAAAGAAGAUGCUACUUGGGACUGCAUGAAGUGUUUGAAAGCUUCAUCUCCAGAUUGUGGGUUCUGCGCCUCCGCUGCUAACAAGCUGCUUCCAGGGGCAUGUUUGAUCUCAAACGACACGGUGAAGGAUCUGUGCCAUAAAGAAGAUAGUCUAUGGUACACAAGCGGAUGUCCAAGCAAAUACGGGUGGCUUGCAGUAGUUGGCUUGGCUCUUUAUAUCAUAUUUUUCUCCCCUGGAAUGGGUACUGUCCCAUGGAUUGUGAAUUCAGAGAUAUAUCCUUUAAGGUUUCGAGGGGUUUGUGGGGGAAUAGCUGCCACUGCAAACUGGGUCUCCAACCUCAUUGUUGCCCAGUCCUUCCUUUCUUUGACACAAGCCAUUGGGACGUCUUGGACAUUCCUGCUAUUUGGAGUAAUAUCAGUUGUGGCCCUGUUCUUUGUGAUAAUUUAUGUUCCAGAAACCAAAGGGCUUCCAAUUGAGGAGGUUGAGAAGAUGUUGGAGAUGAGAACAUUGCAGUUAAGGUUUUGGGAGAAAAGGCCAGACUCGUUACAAAAGAACCAAGCUGUAUGAAAAUAGAAGGAACACAUGACAGAUAAAGACAUGCAGUUUGAGUAAAGGGCUAGUGUCACACUGCCUUACUUGGUGGUGUGAAUCCUACCAACUGCUAUUAGUUCAAUAAAAUUGAGAUUGAUAUGAGUACCUUGCCUUCUUUAUUAGGACCCCUACUACAAGAAUAUCAAACUCUGGAUGGACAAGGCCAUUUCUAAAAUACUUGUGUUGGAUUAGUGACCCUGUUGCCUUGGGUUACGUUGAGGUUGAAAGGGCACAACUCUUUUUAUAGCAUUUACCUCUUUGUUUUUAGUGUUUUAUUAA